AUGGAGGCUCUCCUUCCUUACCUGGAUAAGACGGACCCUCCAGAGAAGAUUCUCGGGAAUCACAAGCACUCUCAAACUCUGGAGCCUGUGGAGCUCACACGAAUAAAUGUGCGGUACAAUAUCCCUGUGUCCUCGGCCUCUCUCCCAACCAUCAAGAGCCUGGGCCUCAGGGGCGUCUCCUGCAUCGGCCUGACCAACCUGGAUGGCUCACCAGCUUCACACCAGGUGCUGCAGUCUAUUGCCUACCACCUGGGCCCCCACCUGCAGAGCUUGUGCCUUGGUGGGGGCAGCCCCACAGAGGCCUCCUUUGUGACCCUGAUCCUGGGCUGUCCGGCCCUGCGUAGCCUUGACCUCAGUGGCUGCAACAGCCUCUUUGUAUCGGGCACACUGCUAGCUCAACCCGAAACAGCACAGCAGGUCCGGCAGGCACUGAGCGGCCUCCGCGAGCUCAACCUGGCUGGCCUGCGAGACCUGGCAGACCUCAGCUUCAACAGGCUAAGCGGCUGUGCCCCCAGCCUAGAGUGCCUCUCCUUGGCCUACUGUCACCUCACCUUCGAGCUAGGCCCAGCCUGGGGCUCCAUCAACCCCCAGGACUCCUCCCCAUCCCAACUUUCCUUCCACAACCUGCUGCAGUUCGUGAAGGAGCGGGCUGCUAGGCUGCGCGCCCUGGACCUGAGUGGCACUGGCUUGCCACCCGAGGCCCUGCAGGCCCUGGGCCAGGUGGCCGGGCUACAGCUGCGGGAGCUGAGCCUGCACAGCUGCCGGGACCUCUCCACAGAGGCUGUGGCUGCCCUUUGCCGCCAGCAGCCAGGCCUUACCUCCCUGGACCUCAGCGGGUGCUCAGAAUUGGCCGACGGGGCACUGUUGGCUGUGAGCCGGGGCCUGCGGCACCUGCGGCGCCUGAGCCUAAGGAAGCUGCAGCGGCUGACGGAUGCGGGGUGCACAGCCCUUGGGGGCCUGCGGAAGCUGCAGAGCCUGGACAUGGCUGAGUGCUGCCUAGUGAGCGGGCGGGCCUUGGCCCAGGCUCUGGGCUCAGUGCGCAGAGCUCCACCCCCACUGGCCUCUCUCAGCCUGGCCUACUGCUCCUCACUCAAGGACACCUCAGUGCUCUCCCUGAUCCCAGCGCUGGGACCGAGUCUCAGAGUGCUAGACUUAUCCUCUUGCGUGGCCCUCACCAACCGGACCCUGCAGGCCAUCUGCACCUACCUCACUCCCCUCUCAGUCCUGCGCCUGGCCUGGUGCAAGGAGCUUCGUGACUGGGGGCUUCUGGGGCUGGGGGAACCCAGUGAGGAGCCAGCACAGAAAGCCCAGCCACACCGAGAGCUGGAGCAUCAGGCCUCAGGCCCCAUGGACCCUUCUCCCCAGCCACAGGGCCCCUCCCUGCUCAUGCUGCAGGCCCUGCAGGAGUUGGACCUCACAGCCUGCAGCAAGCUGACUGAUGCCAGUUUGGCACAGGUGCUCCAGUUCCCCCAGCUGAGGCAGUUGUCACUGAGCCUGUUGCCAGCACUCACAGAUAACGGCUUGGUGGCUGUGGCCAGGGGCUGCCCUAGCCUGGAGCGCCUGGCACUGAGUCACUGCAGCCUCCUCAGUGACGAGGGCUGGGCCCAGGCAGCCAGCUCCUGGCCGAGGCUGCAGCACCUCAACCUGUCCAGCUGCAGUCGGCUCACAGAGCAGUGAGUGUCCAACAAUGCCAGUGCAGGGGCUGGGCUGGGCUGGGACCGGCCUCGGGUCAGGCACUCACACCGGGCCUUCCUGCAGAACGCUGGAUACCACUGGGCAGGCGUGCAAGCAGAUCCAGAUGUUAGAUGUCGCCAUGUGCCCUGGUAUUAGCAUAGCUGCUGUCAGGCGAUUCCAAGCCCAACUGCCCCAGGUGAUCUGCAUCCAGUCCCGCUUCGUGGGAGGGGCUGACCUGACCCUAACACUCUGAGGCCAGGUCAGUAAGCGGCCCUGUGGCUCAGCCUCAUGUCCCUAGCCCUGGCUUCUUAACCUGGAGUCUGACUCAGUGCCUCCUGUUUCCCUCUGCUACAGACCCCAGGGCUCCUUCCCUAAGCUAUAAACACCUUUGCAAGGACUGGAGGUGGGGCUAAUCCAGGGCAGCCUGGGGUGCUUCCUACCCCAGCCUGGCAGGGGGCUUGCCAGCUACAUGAGGCCCCUGGAAAUGCCAGCUCCUGAUCUCCUGGCCAGGCCUGGGUCUGGAAGCCCCAGGCCCAUAGGUGGCUGGGUCGGAUGCUGGAGAGGAGCAGACCCCCCUCUUGCUCUGCCUACUUCCAUCCAAGGCCUAUGCCCUACCUUGUUCCCUAUUCUAGUAGUUCCCAGUCCCCUACCAGCGCUGAACUUUAGCAGCCAAGCCUUAUCUUUGUUGUAAACCCAAACAAGAUUAAAAAUUCCAGAUUCUACCUCUUUAUUUUAAGUUCUCUCCC